GAGCUGGGAAAAUACGGUCUGCUAUAUUACAAUGCACUGUUUAUGAUCCUUCCCACCUUGACCAUUGCCUACUUCACCGGAGAUGCGCAAAAGGCAAUGGAGUACCAGGGCUGGGCAGACACACUCUUCAUUGUGCAGUUUACGCUGUCGUGUGUGAUGGGGUUUAUUUUGAUGUACUCCACGGUUCUUUGCACUCAGUAUAAUUCUGCUCUUACAACUACAAUAGUUGGCUGCAUUAAGAAUAUUUUAAUAACCUAUAUUGGGAUGUUUUUUGGAGGAGACUAUAUUUUUACAUGGAUGAACUUCAUUGGUUUAAAUAUCAGUAUUGCUGGAAGCCUGGUGUAUUCCUACAUCACUUUCACAGAGGAGCAAAUGAGCAAGCAGUCUGAAGCUGGCAUCAAGAUGGAUAUUAAAGGAAAAAGCUGUGUGUGA